AUGGCAUCGACUUUGACUUCGCUCUCGGCAGCAUCAGCAAAACCAUAUCCAAGUGCGACGUCCGACGACAAUGAAUAUGUCUGUCCCUUCUUUUAUUACCCUGCUCCUAUGGAUGUGGAGGAUCUUGGCGCCUAUGCAGAUGGCUCCCUUUUCCCCGUCCAUCUCGGGGACAUCUUCAAGUCAUCGAGCUCCAGCUACCAGAUUUUGUUGAAAAUUGGUCACGGAUCCUACUCUACGGUCUGGCUUGCUCGAGACCUCGAUCAUGACGAUCGCCAUGUCGCUCUGAAAUUCCUGACGGCUGGCUCACACGGAGAUAGCGAAGUUGAAAUUCAUCGGUGGAUCCGGGAACACAAACACGAUCAUCCUGGACAUCAAUAUACUCUGCAGAUGCUCGACGACUUCAAGGUCGGAGACCCUUAUCCCACCCAUAACGUUGUUGUCACCGAUGUCCUUAUACCUAUCCGCCAGCUUGACUUGCGGACAAGGGAGAAAUUGCUAUCUUCGAAGCAAGCGUGUAGCCAGCCAGCUGAUACAAGGCCUUGCUUUUCUCCACAAUCAAGAGCUUGUACCGGUCCUGAGCAAUGUUCCCAAGGCCUCAAAUCUCGCAUUGGGUUUCAAGAGCAGGAUAGGUUCAAGCGCAUGCCCAAGUAUUUGGUCUCAAAUGGCAUAUUCGAGGAUUACGUUCGAAAUGUGAUUAACUCUGAUACACUUCGGUCGGCGGAGGUAAAAUUGCAGAUCAUCGAUUUCAGUAAUUCGUAUCGAGGACUUCCACCUUCACCUUUACCCGCGACAUUUCCUCGUGUUCAAGCCCCCGAAAUCUUUGCUUCAAAACUGAGCCCAGCCGUUAUUAAGUGCGGAGGGAUUCAGAGCGACAUUUGGUCUGCAGCAUGCACUAUAUUCGAAAUAGUUUGCCCAGGUUCUGUGUUAUUCGAGUCGUAUAGUAGACAGAAGGCUAUGCUUGAGGACGUCAUCGAAAGGAUUGGUCCAUUGCCGGAUUCUUGGCAGCUGACGACACUUGAUUCCACGCAAUCCACUUCUUGCGCAUUAGCUGAUCAAUACUGGGAAAAGUGUCUAAGUCGAUGCAAGGCUUUCCAGCAGGACAUCGAUACCGCACGGGCCUGCUUCUCGCUGAUCAGACGAAUGCUCCAGGUGAAUCCAGAUUCACGCCCGUCGGUGGAAUUGCUUUGCAACGAUCAAUGGUGGGAGGAUAGAGUGGGUGAUCAAGUGGAUACCGGAAUAACUAUCCAAAGUAAUAAUGUUUUAGCUACGGUCAAGGACUGA